AUGGCGGCUCUAAGUCUAACAGGGUUCCUACUAAGGCUUCUACUCUUCUCUAUUGCUCUCAGGCAGGCCAUCGCCGAUGACCUUCGAGGUAUUUUCAAUCUCUUCUCUCUCUCUCUCUCUCUCCCUCUCCCUGUAGAUAUUUCCAUAAGACAUGCAGGUCAAGUUGACUCAAUGCCAUCCAAUUUGGCGUCGAGUGGCCUGAUACUUCCACAAUGUGAAUGAGAUGGGUGUACCAUUAAUCUCUACUCUGAUCUCCUUCCUCCUCAGCUACUGAGACCGGAGCCAUCGCUGACAUAAAUCGGGCCCUCGAGAGGAGGCCUGUGAGUCUCCUAUCGACGUUCACAACUGUAAAUUUUCUAUUUUUUCUUCCACGGCUCAUUGAUUUAUCGCGUUACCAGGAACGCCGAGGAUAUGCCGUGGCGAGGACCGGAGCCGAGGCGAAGGGGAUGAAGAGAAUGGAGGGAGGAAGGAGGCCUGGCGCAGACUGUGGCCGCCGAGAGGAGGGGAAGUUGAACGUGGAGUGUGAACUAAGAGGGAAGCGCCGGAAUUCCGUAGUCAACUUCGUUGACUUUAUACCCUUCAGCUCCGACUACCGUGGGGCCAAGACUCACCCACCGAAGAACAACUGA